AUGGCUUUUCAUUCUGUAUUUCUCGUUUUCUUAGCUGGCCUGGCAUUUGUCUCUGAAGCUGCACCACCGGUAAGUGACGCUGCUGACUCCAAGCAUCCUCUUUUUAUAAAAAUUCUGGAUUCAGUCCGAGGAAGUCCAGCUCCAAAUGUUCCAGUUAAGUUAUAUAAAGAAGCUGCAGAUGCAUCUUGGGAACUGUUAAACUCAAAACAAACCGACGACAAUGGCGGGCUCCAUGAGCUCACUACUAAGGAACAAUUUGUAGCAGGGUUGUACAAGAUUGAGCUUGACACAGCCUCUUAUUGGAAGAGUCUGGGCUUGAACCCCUUCCAUCACCAUGCUGAUGUGGUGUUCACAGCUAAUGAUGGUAGUUACCGACAUUACUCCAUUGUUGUUCUCCUCAGUCCCUUUUCUUACUCAACUACAGCAGUAGUUAGUGAGCCAGUGGAAUAG